CUGAGAUCGCAGUCAGAGGCUUAAGGCUGUACAGUGUUUCCUAGUUCCGCCCAGGGGUUACUGUGGCAAUGUGGCUUGGAGACCUCUGUGUGUUAGGAGAAAAGCCUGCUUGAUAUCCUAGUUACAGGGAAGUUGUGUGGCUGCACCGCCCCCUGCUUGUCUGUGUGUUGCUGUGAGAGGAUCACUUCCAGCCUCAGCUUGUCUUCUACUUGGGGAUCCGUCACACUCUCCUCAUUGCCUUGUUUCAUUUGGUUUCUGAUAUGGCACAAAAUGCCUGAACACCUCAGACUAGAAAUGCAGCCUCCUGUUGUUUCUGCUCAUGACUGCUCUCUCUUCCUCUGCUCCUUCAAGCAAAGCAAAGCUGCUGUGAGACUUAAGGAAGAUAUGAAAAAAGUGGUGGUGCGGCCUGGACGAGGACAGAUCCCCAUGCCGUGCAGGAGAGUUUUUGGUGUUCCCCUCAAAGACUUGCAUAAGAGGGGUCUAAUCGUGAAUGGUGUGCCAGCCGUGGUGUGUAGCCUGGUAGAGUACUUGCGCAGUGAAGGAAUGGCUCAGGAAGGUCUUUUCAGAAUAAAUGGAAAUGUCAAAAUAGUUGAACAACUCCGUGUAAAAUAUGAGAAUGGGGAGCAGGUGACGUUGCCAGAGGAUGGAGAUGUUCAUUCUGCUGCCAGUCUGCUUAAGCUAUUCCUUCGAGAAUUGCCAGAUGGAGUAAUCUGUUCUGCAAUGCUACCCCAGUUAAUUCAGGUUUACCAGGAAAGUGGAAGUGACAUACACAGAGAAAGCAGCUUGAAGAAGCUAAUAAAAGAAUUGCCGGACACACAUUACAGCCUACUAAAGUACCUCUGCCAUUUUCUGACGCAGGUGGUUCAACACCAUGCAGUGAACAAAAUGAAUGUUUACAAUUUGGCAACAGUUUUUGGACCAAGCUAUUUCCAUGUAUGUCCUGGCUUUGAAGGCAUGAAGCAGCAGGAAAUUUGCAACAAAAUUGUAGCAAAAUUGUUAGAAGAUUAUACAAAGUUCUUUGAAUGUGAGCCCACAGAGAAGGAUGCAUUGUGUGAAGACAUGGCCAGAAUUAUUACUGUAAAAGAAUACAAUUCCGAUAAGCCCUUGGUCCCACCAAGGUUGGUUGAAAUUCAAGUGGCUUCUCUGUCUCCUAGAAAAAAGGCACAUAUCCAAGAACAACCACUGAAGACUAGCAGUGUUGAAUUAGAGGUACCCAAAUUGUCUCCAAGAUUUAUGGAAACUUUAACCAAUGUUCCAGAUAGACAAGGAAUGGAUCCAGAAGUAAUUGUUCCUUAUAUUUCACCAAGGAAAAAGGCAAACAAGCCCAAUUCUGAAAAAGAACUGCAGGAAAUUGAGGUGCCAAAGCCAAAACAGUCUGUUGGAGUCCCUCAGCCCAGCAUCCUGGUUACAAACCAAUCAACAUCUUCUGAAUCCAUAGAUCUAGUGGAUCACUUGGUUACCAGCAGUUCGGACUCCCUUCACAGCUCUCAGGAAGAUGAACGGCCCAUGUCUCCUUUCUUUAUGAGUGGUCACGUGGCCCAAGUCAGCACCGUCCCUGCUGGUAGAGAGCUCUUGGAAAGAACAAUCAGGACUGCUGUGGAACAACAUCUAUUUGACGUACUUGGCCCUGGCAGUCAAAGUUCAGAGGAAUCAGAGUCUGGAACCUCAUCCCCUUCCACAAGCCUGUCUGCAAGACAGAGGAGGAGACAUCUGAAAGAGCAGGAUGAGAGUAGAAAAAAACCCAGAGACAUGGAGAUGAUUAACAAAGAAAAUAUCCCCUCUGGGUGUGGGAGCCUUGAAGAUUGCAGUCUGAUGCAGGAAGUGGAGAAGCUUCAGGAGAACUGUUCUGGAUACAUAGAGGAAAGAAGCAAACCAAAGAGACAGAAAUCCAGCAGCAAGCUGUCUGAACUCAAUGACAAUCAGGAUGGCACAGUGAAUUCUGAAAACUUUGUGACCUCUAGGAGCAUGGAUAGACAAGAGUUCAGCGGCAUGGAAGUUUUGUCAGAGGGAAGCAAAGAAAAUGAACAGGACAAAGAGAGUCUGCGACUUCCACCGACUGUAAAAAUGAAGAUUCAGGAGCAGCAGAAUAACUCAGAAAUCCGACCACAAAGAAGCCUUGAGGUUGAUGUUGGUCAAGAGGGCUUUGUCCCAGAGGUACCUCGCCUGGACCUCACCUCUCUUUGUGAUGACAGCAACUGGGAAGAACCAGCUCCAGUCCUGGCAUCAUGGGAUCGUGAUGGUGCAGACUCUGAUGAAGCACGUCUGUCUCCUCAAGCAGGCCGUCUCAUCCGUCACCUUCUUGAAACAGACAGUGACCCUAUGUUAUCUCCUCGUUUUUAUGCAUACGGACAUAGUCAGCAAUACCUGGAUGACACAGAAGUGCCCCCUUCUCCUCCUAAUUCACAUUCAUUUAUGAGCAGGAGACGGAGCUCCUCAUUGGGUUCACAUGAGGAGGACAGAGAUGAAGAUCUAACACCAGCUCAGAUCACACGCAAGAUCCAAAGCCUGAAAAAGAAGAUCCGCAAGUUUGAGGAGAAGUUUGAGGAAGAUCGUAAAUACAGACCGUCCCAUAGAGACAAGGCUACAAAUCCUGAGGUUCUGAAAUGGAUGAAUGAGCUGACCAAAUUCCGGAAGCAGCUUAAAGAGUCAAAAAUAAAGAUUUCUGAGGAAGAUUUAGUUCCUCAAAUGCGACAGAGGAGUAAUACACUUCCAAAAAGUUUUGGGUCUCAGCUCGAGAGGGAGGAAGACCGAAAGGAGGCAGAAAAAGUAGCUAAACCCUCUAUUGAAGCCACCAUGGAAACCAUUCAAAAGAAGCUACAGGAUAAAAGAUCUGAGGUCGAUCGGCCAGAAGAUGUUAAGGAUAUGACCAGAGAUCAGAUCGCAGCAGAAAAAGUAUCACUGCAAAAAGCUUUGCUUUACUAUGAAAGUAUUCAUGGCAGACCGGUAACGAAGGGUGAGAGACAUGUGAUGAAACCUCUCUAUGAUCGAUACAGACUGUUUAAGCAGAUCCUCUAUCGUGCAAACACUAUACCCGUCAUUGGAUCCCCCUCGAGCAAGCGGAGAAGCCUUUUGCUGCAGCCAAUAAUCGAGGGUGAAACAGCAUCCUUCUUCAAGGAGGAGGAAGAGGAAGGUUCGGAAGAUGAUGGCACUGUAAACACUGACUUUGCAGUAACCAUGAAGCCAGGUUUUACUGUCCGAAGCUUCUUGGACCAACUUGAAGAUGAAGCUGAUGGCUUUGUUUCCCCGGUGGAUGACAAGACCCCAUCAAAGAGUACUCAAGACCUUGGACUUGGCAAUCUGCAUUCUGCAUCUGUGUCAGAACUUCUAGAACAGCUUCAGGAGGCAAGGGAAGAAAAAAAGCGAAUCCGUAAGAAACUUAGAGACUUUGAAGAUAAUUUUUUUAGACAAAAUGGAAGAAAUGUUCAAAAAGAAGAUCGCAGUCCUAUGGCAGAAGAGUACAGCGAGUAUAAGCACAUGAAGGCUAAACUCCGGCUGCUUGAGGUCUUAAUCAGCAAGCGAGGCACGUCACAGACGGUGUGAUGUUUAAUGCGCCCUCUAGCAAGAAAAACUUUACUAAUCUUUAAAGGGGCAGAUCGUCAAGAGGAACCCACCAUCUCGAAUGUGUGUAACAAUCUACAUUGGCCAGUUUCUGAUUACACAAGGUUGCUUCAGAAAUCAACUUUUAUAUUGUUUAACUGGAUCUAACAGAGUUUCUUCCUCGAUUUUUGGUGCACUCCGAAUAAAUGGUACGGAUAUAUGUUCAAAUUGUGACUGGAGUUACAAGGCAUGACCCAAAACAAAUGAUGGGGGCUGUUGAUCCACUUUAUACCUUUGAAACUGGUUACCUGCUUUGAUCAUUGACCUUUUAUUGGUGAUCAUGUGGUUCUCCAACUCUCAAUUGGAGCACAGGCCUAAUCUUGUCUCCUGCUCUAGUACAUUUUUAUGAAUUUUGUUGCAGGUAUGUGUUCCAAGUACUGAUACUGAAACACAUAUCUAGGACAAGUUAUUACCUCAUUUCAACACUACUUUGAUUCAGCAGUGGCCCUUGUCAUGGUUUGUGACAUAUGGAUGAACAACCUUGCAUUAAACCCUUUUGCAACAAGAUCUAUGCCAGAGCAUGUUGAAAAGCUUGAGUACGCUGGAACAUAUUCAGGCAAACAGCCAUUGCUUAACCAGCUUGUGCAAAUGUGUUGGCGACUGGCGGACAGUUUUUACUGAACAUUAUUUUUUUGUGGACACUCUUAUCCGCUUAAGGAUGACAUCAUUGAGUUAAUUUGUUUGUCUUGGGGGUUACAAGUGUAUAAGGUCUGCCCCUUAACCCUUUUCUGCAGCAUGCACUUUCUUCUUUAUACUAUGACUGUAAUUUAUAAUGCUACCAAUAUCUCUAGUAAGACUACGUGUUUCUACCAAAUUCCUGUGAUCCUUCAGUAUAUAUUCUCAAAAGGCUUUGUCUCCCUGUCUAGCUACAAGGGGCUCAUUUUCCUCACAAAUUUUUGGAAAGUCAUUUUCAUUUAAUUUUAGUUUCUUUCCUACAACUCAACCUACCAGCAUAGAAGUGAUUAUUGAAGAACAUUGAGCUCAGCAAUUUCCAUAAUGUUUCAAUGGGUUCAAGAGAAUAUUCUUCCUGUUCUGCUAUUCUUACUGUUACCGCUGUGGACUGCCUUUAACAACAGUGCCACUCUAUAUGAGGUUUUAUUAGCACUUGAUAUUCAUGCAAGAAUAACCAACAUCUUACAAUCUAAAUGUGGCAUAACAUAUAUACCGGUAUGUAUGUAUGUGUGUAUAUAUAUAUAUAUAUAUAUAUAUAUAUAUAUUCACAUAUGCCUGAAUUAUUAUGGAAAUCCCCUACAUGCCUUUAAGUAACAUCAUGUGUACAAUGGAUACAAGUGUCCCAUUUGAAGUUUCUGUUUUACAAUAUUAGGUUAAUGUGGAUACAUUAUGUACAAAAAAUGGUGAUUUUUGUAUUUCACAUGCAAAGUGAACGAGCACACAUCACUUCUCGAAAACACUUUCCCACCGUAUGAUGGUAAUUUGAUCACAUUUUAUUUUAGUGUUUUUAGGCUAGGUAUCCACACAAGUUUUUUUUUUUCUGGCGUCUUUUGGAAACCUUCCACUGCAGUUUUUGAGUCAAAGUCAGAAGUGGAUCCAGUUGGAAGCAGAAAUAUAAGUCCUUCCUUUAUAUUUAUCAUUCCUUUUGAAUACACUUCUGGUUUUGGCUCAAAAACUGCAGUGGCAGUUUUCCAAAAACACCAAAAAAAAUCCUGUGCGGAAACCAUGCCUUACUCCUAAUAUACAAGUAGACAAAUGCUUUUACACGUUUUACAUAUUUAAUUUUGAAAAAAAAAAUCCCAUUUGAAUUCCUAAUGUGUUUAUUUUCUGUGAAUUUCACAUUUGGUGUGAUCCUUUUUAACCAACACUACAAAAUUGUAUGUUAAAAAUGACGAAUUAGCUUUGACCUGUGUUUCUGUGUCCUGCUAAUCUAGGAAUGCUGCGAUGACUUGGAGAGGAAUCAGGACUGUUAUUCUCAAUACAUUGUAGCCUGCUAUAGCCCAGGUAUUCUUUUUAAUGAUGGCUAAUAGGGCAGUUUUAAUGUCUACCAAUCUACCCUUGUUUUAGAAAACUAUCUUGCAGUCACUAAAUAUUGUAUAUGUUCUUAUUAAUAGCCGUCUGUCUCUAUACAAUAUACUGUUUAUGGUUUCUGAAUUUUAAAUUUGGUAAAGUGAAAAUGGCAUUUAUUUUUUUAGGAACUACACUGUAGACAUUUGUCACACUGUGCCAUGUUCACUGCAUUGAGAUGUCAUGCUCUGAACUAGAAGAAACCAUCAAUAAUGUAUAAAACGAUUAUCUGAAUAAAUGUUGCAGUUUAGCAUUUUAUCUAUCUUUGUGAAAAUUAACAUCUAACCCAGUAAUGUAUCUCUAGCUUGAAAAUAAUAUUCUAAAUUCCAGAGCCCAUCGGUCUCCUUGGUAACUACUCCCAUAGUCUAGAGCUGGUGCAGCGGUUUGCAGCGAUUUCUAUCUAGCACAAAGCAAGAACACAGAUGAUAGAAUGUAAGAAUCAGAGUGUCUUCUGUGAUUCCUGAUAAUGAUCCUUUCUGUUAUAAAUAGGAAUUAUGUCCAUUUUGUAAUGACAUUAGUUUGAUAAUUUUAGCUCUAAAAUACCAAAUAUAUUUUAUCGUAUACCUGAAGAAUUUUCACCCAUGAUACGUAAAUACAAUUUGGUUAGGUAGGGUGGAUGUCUUUGAUUUAGUGGGCACAACACAAUAUUUCAGUGGAGUUGGAAAAAAGCAAGUCUCAGGUAGAGGUCUUAUCACUGUGUGUUUGUUAAAGUUUAGGGUGUGUACGAGUGUAGACAAUAUACACGGCACAUUGCCUACAGUGCCAGACAAUCUUAAAAACACAGAAUGUGAAGUGUUUUACUCAGAACUACUUGUUCUGCUUAUGCAUCCUUUAAUAGUGUUUCUAAAUACAUUUGCACUUAAUUUUUCUGUAUGAAACACAUUCUGAUUAAAAAGAAUUGCGGAAAAGUUACCAAAAUGUACUAUUUGCAUGUUUUAACAUCCAAAACCCAUUAUAAAGGAGUCUGAAAAUUUCAUAUUAAUGUUUGACUGGAUUUCACUUAUCUUUUAAAAAUGUUGUACAUGACACAAGUGUCUCCCCAUAUUAAAGGUAACAUCUGCUAAGCUCGGUUGUUAAAAAGCAAGUUAAAUGUACUCAGUUUCUUAAUAAAGUUGGUGUAAAAGGAGUUUUUAUAAGCUGGUACCAGAGAAGGAUUUAUAGCUUGUGAUUGACUGGAUUUAAAGGGUUUAUUCAGUGUUUUCUUUAGAAAAAAAUAAAAAUAAAAUGGUGCUGGUGCAGAGAGACAAUAAAAAAACAAAAACAUACUUACCUAGCCCAUGUAAAGCUUUGCCUAUGCCUGGUACCCCAAUCUUCUUUAUUCUUCCUGCUUAUGUAAUAAGUGCUUGGUGCAGGACCUGUCAGCUCAGCCAGUCAUUGGCCACAGUAAUGCCUCAUGUCAGCUAGUGAUUGGCUAAUUUGGCAGGUCCUGCAACAGUCCCUUGUCUGCAGGGAAAGAGGACUAGGUAAGUAUUACUUGCUUUCUAUCUUUUUUCCUGCCCCGGCUGUGGUUUUUGGAAAACACUGGAUAACCCCUUUAAGGCUAGGUUCACUUUGCUUUGUGUUAUAUAUAUUUAGAAUAUUUUCAGCUAAAAUUUUUAAGGCAUAAACAUACAUUUUUUUACAUAUAAUUGGCCUUCUUUAUACAGUUGAAAGAUUUGCAUACUGACGUAAAAAGUGUAAAUGACUAUAGUUUUCAGUGCAACUCAAAAAAUUGUCAUGCAAAGGGAUAGAUUUAUUUUCAGUGAAAAGACAGUUGUAUAGACAUACAUCUGGCAGAAUUGGUCCCACACACAGUGAGAACCUAACCUCAUUCUGUUUAGUAUAUAAAAGACUCCAACGUCACCAUUCUGUAUUGUCUUUAUGACUUCAGCAUUAGGAGAAUUUUUGUUUCCCCAGCCACAGAUUCCUCUGAUGUUUCCUUCCCAAAUCUAUUUGCAUAUACACUACAUUAAAACCUAUGAACAGAAUCCAUACUUGGCUGUCAACCUACAGUCCAGCAUCAGGUUGUGGCUGCUUGAUGUUGAACAUAGUCUGAAAGACUCCCUAAAUCUAACCACAUAAAGUAUGUGACAUUCAAAUAUUACACAGGGACAUUUAUCAAUGUCUUGCAGUAAUGAAUCUUCCCAUUUUCCAGUAAAAACAA